CCAUUACUCAAUGAUGAUCUAAAAAAAAAAAGACUAUAAAAAAUUGAGUGAUACAGACGACAAAGACCACGACUCUUCUUCCCCAUGGCUUCUUCAGCGAAGAAGCUCAUCUCAAGCUUUCUACUUGUCUUAUACUCCACUACCAUCAUUGUCGUUUCAUCAGAAUCUCGGUGUCGGCAGUUUAAGUCAAUCAUCAGCUUUGGUGAUUCCAUUGCCGACACCGGAAAUUAUCUCCAUCUCUCCGACGUCAAUCAUCUUCCUCAAACCGCCUUUCUUCCUUAUGGUGAAAGCUUCUUCCAUCCUCCCACCGGCCGUGCCUCUGAUGGCCGUCUUAUCAUCGAUUUCAUUGCCGAAUUCUUGGGACUACCGUACGUACCGCCUUAUUUUGGAUCCCAAAACGUGAGCUUCGAACAUGGGAUCAAUUUUGCGGUGUAUGGAGCAACCGCAUUGGAUCGAGCGUUUCUUGUGGGAAAAGGUAUUGAGACUGAUUUCAGCAAUGUGAGUCUAAGUGUUCAGCUUAACACCUUUAAGCAGAUUUUGCCUAACCUCUGCGCCUCAUCCUCUCGUGAUUGUAGAGAGAUGCUUGAAGACUCACUGAUACUCAUGGGAGAGAUUGGAGGAAACGACUAUAAUUACCCGUUUUUCGAAGGCAAAAGUAUCAAUGAAAUCAAAGAGCUUGUUCCUUUAAUCAUCAAAGCUAUUUCUUCUGCAAUUGUGGAUUUGGUCGAUUUAGGGGGCAAAACAUUUUUGGUACCCGGAGGCUUCCCAGCAGGAUGCUCUGCGGCGUAUCUGACUCUAUUUCAGACCGUGGCAGAACAAGACCAUGAUCCUUUGACAGGUUGUAUCCCAUGGCUCAACGAAUUUGGAGAGCACCACAACGAACAGCUUAAGACAGAACUCAAACGACUCCAAAAACUCUAUCCUCAUGUCAACAUCAUUUACGCCGACUACCACAAUUCCUUAUACCGGUUUUUUCAAGAACCAGCUAAAUACGGAUUUAAGAACCCUUUGGCUGCAUGUUGUGGAGUCGGAGGUCAAUACAACUUCACUAUUGAUAAAGAGUGUGGAUAUGAAGGAGUUGGCUAUUGUCAAAAUCCUUCUGAGCAUGUGAAUUGGGAUGGUUAUCAUUUAACCGAAGCCACGUACCAGAAGAUGGCUCAGAGUUUACUCAACGGCCCCUAUGCAACUCCUGCUUUUGAUUGGUCCUGCCUUGACUCUGAUUCAGUGGCUAAGGAGUAUUCCUUCAGCAGUUAAAAUUCAAGAAUUUGUUGUAAAAAGAAUGUGAUGAUGAUUAUUAACAAGAACAGAUUGCUUGUACGGCAAGAUUUGACUAAUGACAAAUACUUAAGGUGAGGAUCAUAA